AUCCGAGCAUGGAUUAUGAUUGGAGAGUAUAAAACCCCCCCAAAACCACACCCGCUACUCGUCACUCUCACUCUUCUCUCCUUAUCUUCCUUUUUCAUUUUUUUCCCUCGCAAACAAAUGGAAGAGCGGAAAAUGGCGGAAUGGGAAGAGAAGUCGGCGCUUUACGAGGCCUACAAUGAGCUCCACGGCCUCGCUCAGGAGUUCCACACCCCCUUCGAUGCCCCCGCCAUUCUCAUCGUCGGUCACCAGACUGACGGCAAGAGCGCUCUCCUCGAAGCCCUUAUGGGUUUCCAGUUCAACCACGUCGGCGGUGGCACCAAGACCAGGCGCCCCAUUACUCUUCAUAUGAAGUACGAUCCUCACCGUGAGACUCCCGUUUGCCGCCUCGUUUCCGACGCCGACCCGACUCUCGCUGAUGACAAGUCUCUCCGGGAAGUUCAGGCGUAUAUUGAAGCUGAAAACAAGAGGUUGGAAAGUGAGCCUUGUCAAUUCUCUGCAAAGGAAAUAAUUAUUAAUGUUGAAUACAAGUAUUGCCCAAAUCUUACCAUUAUAGACACCCCUGGACUCAUUGCUCCUGCUCCAGGUCGAAAGAAUCGUGAAUUACAGGCUCAAGCUCGUGCAGUGGAGUCGCUUGUACGAACUAAAAUGCAGCAUAAAGAGUUUAUUAUAUUAUGUCUUGAAGAUUGCAGUGACUGGAGUAAUGCAACUACUCGAAGAGUGGUUAUGCAAAUUGAUCCUGAGCUUUCAAGGACUGUUAUUGUCUCCACCAAGCUUGAUACCAAAAUACCCCAGUUUGCACGCUCAUCAGAUGUUGAAGUUUUCCUUUCACCUCCUGCUUGCACACUAGACGGCUUCAUAUUGGGCGACUCUCCCUUUUUUACAUCUGUCCCUUCUGGAAGAGUUGGUUCUGAACCCGAUACAGUUUAUAGAUCAAAUGACGAGUUUAAACAGGCAAUUUCCUUGAGGGAGAUGGAAGAUGUUGCAUCAUUGGAAAGUAAAUUGAGCAGGUCACUUUCUGAGCAAGAAAGAAGUAGAAUAGGGGUUAGCAAACUCAGGUCAUUUCUGGAAGAAUUGCUCAAGAAAAGGUACAUGGAUAGUGUUCCAUUGAUCAUUCCUCUUCUUGAAAAGGAAUACAGGAGCACAACAAGAAGGAUGAAUGAAAUAAAUCACGAGCUCAGUUCAGUGGAUGAAGUAAAACUCAAGGAAAAAGGAAGAGCCUUUCAUGAUCUAUUCUUGACCAAGCUGUCAUUGCUAUUGAAAGGAACAGUUGUUGCACCUCCGGACAAGUUUGGCGAAACACUGCAGGAUGAGAGAAGCAAUGGGGGUGCAUUUAUUGGUAUUGACGGUCUUCAGAUUCCUCACAAGCUUAUACCUAAUGCAGGAAUGCGUUUAUAUGGAGGAGCACAGUAUCAUCGUGCCAUGGCUGAGUUCCGUUUUGUUGUUGGAGGAACAAAAUGCCCUCCCAUAACGCGAGAAGAAAUUGUAAAUGCUUGUGGAGUUGAAGAUAUACACGAUGGGACAAAUUACUCAAGAACUGCAUGUGUUAUAGCUGUUGCAAAGGCCCGUGAUACAUUCGAACCUUUUCUUUGUCAGUUAGGUUCUAGACUCUUGCACAUUCUAAAGAGAUUACUUCCAAUAUCGGUCUAUCUUUUGAAGAAAGAGGGCGAAUAUCUAAGUGGCCAUGAGGUGUUUAUCAGACGUGUUGCUUCUGCCUACAACAACUUUGCGGAAGCUACUGAAAAGGCUUGUCUUGAAAAAUGCAUGGAAGAUUUAGUAAGCACCACCCGUUAUGUAACCUGGUCUCUUCACAACAAGAAUCGAGCUGGAUUACGUCAGUUCUUGGACUCAUUUGCUGGAACAGAACAAUCCACUGCAGGUGCUAAUGUUCCUGCUGGUCUUUCUCAUGAUUCAUCAAAUGGGUUGGGAAAUGAGAAGCAGGAGUCAAAGCCUAGGGCAGAUGUAAAGCUUAGUCAUUUGGCUUCUGGAAUGGACUCAGCAUCUUCAAUGCAGACAUCAGACACGAGGCUUGCCGAUCUUCUAGACAGCACACUCUGGAAUAGGAAACUUGCUCCUUCAUCUGAACGGAUAGUUUAUGCUUUGGUGCAACAGAUAUUUCAUGGAAUAAGAGAAUAUUUUUUGGCCUCUGCUGAAUUAAAGUUCAACUGCUUUCUUCUAAUGCCAGUUGUAGAUAAGUUGCCUGCUUUACUUCGGGAGGACUUAGAAUCUGCCUUUGAAGAUGAUUUGGAUACUGUUUUCGAUAUCAGCAAUCUAAGACAUUCUUUAGGCCAAAAGAAGCGAGAUGCAGAGAUUGAGCUGAAAAGGAUAAAGAGGCUCAAGGAAAAGUUCCGAUCAGUACACAAGCAGCUAUAUAUGAAUCAAGUUGAUGUAAAACCUGGUAGCAUCUCCCAACAAUGAUUCCACAUCCGAACACCCCAAACGAAGUUUGAAUACACAUCAUCAAUCCUUGAGAUGACAUAUAUAUGUAGUCUUUUAAUUGAAGCUUUCUCAUUAUAUUGUUAUUGACAGAAGAAAAUCCUGAACUUUUAUUUUUCAUUAAGGUAGGACGCAGUAAGUGUCCUUAAGUUUAUGGUUCGCAGCUUCUAAUUUUGUUUUUUAAAUAUAUUCCUCCCUGCCCAAAAUCUGGGUUUGCUUCAA